AAUAAUGUCCAUGUUGUCCCUGCGUCCAGAUGUCCCGUGUGUCCCUGGGUCACUGCGCAUGUCCCCCAGGGACACAGGGAUUGGACGGAGAGACAACCAGGGACACAGGGAUUGGACGCGCGCGCUCUCCCCCCCCUCCCGACCUACCUGAGGCCGCCAACCGCAGCUCCCUGUGCGAGCGCGUGCUCUGUCUCCACGCAGGCGCACAUGCUUCAAAGCAGCAGCGUGAGGAGGAUCAGGUUGCCAGAUAGCCCCGUGCGAGCGCGCGCUCUGUCUCCACGCAGGCGCACACGCUUCAAAUCAGCAGCUUGAGGAGGAUGAGGCUGCAAGAUAGCCCCGUGCGAGCGCGCGCUCUGUCUCCACGCAGGCGCACACGCUUCAAAACAGCAGCUUGAGGAGGAUGAGGCUGCAAGAUAGCCCCGUGCGAGCGCGCGCUCUGUCUCCACGCAGGCGCACUCGCUUCAAAGCACGAGCUCUCCUCACCCCCACCCCUCUGCCUAACGUUUCCGUGCGAGCGCGCGCUCUGUUUCCACGCAGGCGCUCUCCUCACCCCCACCCCUCUGCCUAACGUCUCCUUACACGAGGAGAAGGAGGCUGCUUCUUUUCGCUUCUCCGCACCCCCACCCCUCUGCUAACGUUUCCUUACGGGAGGAGAAGGAGGCUGCUUUUGUUAGGCGACCAGCAGCAAGCGGCACACGUGCGAGCUCUCCCCACACCCACCCAUCUGCCUAACAUAUCCUUACUUUCUCAAAGCAGCUCUGCUUGCCUCCCCCACCACUACCUACUUACAGAUUGGGAAAUCUUUUCUCCGUCUGAAAUACAUGUAAAUCUCCUGAUCAGUAUUGGUUUCUGAAGCAAGGGACUGUUGGUAAACUGACACUCAUUACGGAUCUGGUUGCAACUCAAGCCUGUUCUGAAACUUUUAUUGUCCCCAUUUACUGUGAGUGGACCAAAAGCUAAUCUGAAUAAACUGUGCCUCACAAAGGUCAGUACUCUGCACUCCUCUGAAGUCUACACCCUAGGCAUGUUAAAUGUAAAAAAAGAGAGAAAAAAUCUGACUCCUGAAGAACUAAAAUCUUUACGACAACUGCAGUACUAAGUGAUCCAUUCCACUCAUUCACUUCAAAACUCUUUCCUAUAAGGGCUGUGGGGGGAAGCCUGUCCCAAAUCCAAAGUCCUGUCAGUCUGUGUUAGGUAAAUACUAUAUGUGUACAUCAAACCAGUCAUAUGAAAAACCUAUAAAAACCCAAGUGAAGCGUCAGUUUAAUUGAAAACAACCUGCACAAAUAUCACUACUAUGCACUCCUCUGAGGUAUACACCCUAAGCAUGUUAAAUGUAAAACAAAGAGGGGAAAAUCUGACUCCUGAAGAACUACAAUCUUUACGACAACAAAAAGCAGAAAGUGAAAGACAAAAACCAGCACAAAAAACAAAAAAAGGAGACGAAAAUGAGCUAAAUAAAAACACAGAAAGACGCAGAGCUAAGAGAGCAAGUCAAACCCCAGAUGAACAACUAAGAAUACGUCAACAAAACAGCAAAAGGGAAAGAAAAAGACGAGUAAAUAGAUCAAUUGAAGAAAAGGUAAAAAAUCAAAAGAAAGACACUGAAAGAAAAAGAUCUAAAAGAGCAACUUUAACUCAUAAUGACCGACAACCUCUAAAUCAGAAACAAAACACAAACAAGAAUGACAGUAUAACAGAUAAAAGACAUUUACAUGAAGAUGCAAAGACACUAACUCGCAGAAAAAACAAAACAUUUUAUAUAGAGAAAAAUAGAAAUGCUAAAAAAGAAAUUCAAAAACGACAGCAAGAUGCUGAAAGACAAAAAGCAAGGAGAGCAAAUAGAACUCCAGAGGAACGAAAAAUACAAUGUAAACGACAUGCCACACUAGAAAGAGAAAGGUUAACACAUCUGCCUCCAGAUGAACGCCAAUUACGGAAACAACAAUUAACACAGAGGAAAAGAGAAUUACGACAAAGGAAAAACAUAGAGAGAGAAACAAUACAAAACCAAGACUCAAGGCCUGCAAAACUAACAAUGACACUUAUGAAUGAAUUGGAAAACUUCAAUGAGGACAUCAUUAAAACACACACGUGUGGACAUUUAGAUCAGAUAUGCCAGUUUUGUAGUGCUAAACAUUUUGAAGCUGAAAGACCUUCUGAUCGAAAAUUUUCACAAUGUUGUUCAAAAGGAAAAGUAAAUCUUCCCUCAAUCAGUACAAAUCCAUUAAUCCAACAGCUCAUGACUGGACAACAUUACUACAGCAAAAAUUUCUUCAACAAUAUUAGAUCUAUAAAUAGUGCAUUAGCAUUUGCCUCCAUGGGAGCAAACAUUACUCCACCACCUGGCAAUGGCCCAUAUUGUUUCCGGAUCCACGGAUCAAUUUGUCACAGAGCAGGCACACUGCACCCAGAACAGGGACAAAACAGACAGUUUGCUCAAUUAUAUAUUUUAAAUCCUUCUGAAGCAGCAGAGCAAAGAAUGCAAAAUUCCGCAAAUACUGGAAUAAAUCCAGAAAUUAUAAAAAAACUAAGCACACUCAUUGCUCAAACAAAUCCAUUUGCAGAGGCCUGCAAAAUGUUGUACCAAGUUGAAAAAGAAUAUGAGGAGGAUGCUGCAACAACUGGAAACAUUAUUAAGGAAGUGACCAUGACAAUAGUGCAAGAUCGAAGAAAUGACCAAAGACGCUAUAAUGCACCAAAACAUAAUGAGGUUGCAUUCAUUUUUCAAAAUGAUGAUGGCGAACCACCACUAGAAAGAGAUCUUCUAAUACACUGCAAAGCAAGUACAGAUGAUAUAAAUAAAAGAACAACACAAAGGAUUAGUGUCCUUGACCCCAAUCUGGAACCCAUGGUUUAUCCAUUACUCUUCCCUUAUGGUGAUCAAAGCUGGGGAAUUGAUAUACCUUUGCAACACAGACCUCAAGCGUUACAAAAUUUAACAAAUCAAACACGAAAUCCUAGAAUUCGAGUUACACAAAUGCAAUACUAUGGGUAUCGUCUUUCCAUCAGAGACAACUUUAACCCCUUCUUAAAUGCUGGCCGCCUUACACAACAGUAUAUAGUUGAUGCAUAUGUAAAAACUGAAUCCAACAGACUCAACUAUGUACGACAAAAUCAGCAAAAAUUGAGAGUUGAAAAAUACUCAGGAUUGAUGGACCACUUAAUUAAUGAAUCCAAUCAGAAAGGCCUGAUUCCUGGAAAAACAUACAUAUUACCAUCCUCAUUUGCAGGUAGCCCAAGAAACAUGCUCCAAAAUUAUCAAGAUGCAAUGGCAAUUGUUAGGAAAUAUGGCAAACCUGAUCUUUUCAUCACAAUGACGUGCAACCCCAAAUGGCAAGAGAUUGUUGAAAACCUACAACAUGGCCAAACUACUGAUGCUCGACCUGAUUUAGUUGCAAGAGUAUUUCAUCUAAAACUGAAAGCUUUAAUUGAAGAUCUCUGUAAAAAACAUAUUUUUGGAGUACCAAAAGCAAUGGUCUACGUAAUAGAAUUUCAGAAGAGGGGUUUACCUCAUGCUCACAUACUACUUAUUCUUAAAGAUGACUGCAAACCCAAAACCGAAGAACUGAUAGACAAAAUAGUAUCUGCUGAAAUUCCAAAUAUAACCAACACUCCACGCUUACAUGCAAUUGUUACAAAACAUAUGAUCCAUGGACCAUGCGGACCACUCAACCCUAAUUCACCAUGUAUGUCAAAUGACAAAUGCACUAAGGAAUUUCCAAAACCAUUCCAGGAAAAAACAUCAGCAAAUACAAAUGGUUAUCCAAAAUAUAGAAGACGAAACACAAACCAAACUUCAAUUGUGAAUGGCAGGACAAUAGAUAACCAUUGGGUUGUACCAUAUAAUCCACAUCUUGCCCUAAAUUACAAUUGCCACAUUAAUGUUGAAGUCUGCGCAUCCAUAAAAAGUGUCAAAUACCUUUUUAAAUAUGUGUACAAAGGUCAUGAUUGUGCAAAUGUUGUGAUUCAAGAACAAGGCACUUUAAAUCAUGAUGAAAUUAAGACCUUCAUGGAUUCCAGAUAUGUCAGCGCUCCAGAAGCAGCAUGGCGUUUAAAUGGGUUUGAAAUGCAUUACCAAUCACAUACCAUCCAUAGGUUUGCAGUGCAUCUGCCUGAUGAACAAUCUGUAUUUUUCAAUCCGAAUGACAUCAAUACAGCAGCCCAGAGAGCUUCAACAAGAAAUACUCAAUUGACGGCUUGGUUUAAAUUAAAUCAAGAGCAAGAGCAAGCAAGGAAAAUUUUAUAUUCAGACAUUCCAAUACACUAUGUAUUUGACUCUGAAACCAAUACAUGGAAAUUACGACAGCGGGGUGCAGACAAAAUCAUUGGACGAAUGUAUUCUGUCAAUUUAUCAUCAGAUCCAGAACGCUACUGCAUGCGUCUCCUAUUGCUACAUGUUCCCGGUGCAAUAUCAUUUGAAGAUCUGAGAACUGUCAAUGGAAAUAUCUAUCCCAGUUUCCAAGAUGCUGCAAAAGAAAGAGGCCUCAUCAAUGAUGAUCAAGUGUGGGAGAACACUUUAGAAGAUGCUAUCCAAUACAGCAUGCCAAAACAACUAAGAGAGUUAUUUGCGUACAUUUGUGUAUUUGCCUCCCUACAGAACAUGAAUGAUCUUUUUGUAAAAUAUGAACAGUACCUCACCGAAGAUAUCGUUCAAAAACAUAUCCAUCACAACGAUGAAUGCACAAUAUGCCGUUAUAUCGCGUUACAGGAAAUAUGUAACAUUCUACAACUCCAUGGGAAAAAAUGUGAAGAUUUUGGGUUACCACCUAUACUACCAAAUUCAAACUUACUUACUGAUAACUACAACCAAGUUUUCAAAAAACAAAAAGCAGAAGAAAUGACAAUUACAUUAAACAAAGAACAAAAAACAGCUUUACAAACAAUAUUGCAAGCAACUGAAAAUGACAACCUUAGUAACCACUGUUUUUUCAUAGAUGGCCCAGGAGGUAGUGGUAAAACAUAUCUUUACAAGACCCUGCUCAGCACAUUUCGUGGACAAGGAAAUAUUGCACUACCUGUAGCCUCCACAGGUAUAGCAGCCAAUCUUCUUGAGGGUGGAAGAACAUACCACUCCCAAUUCAAGUUACCUGUGCCUAUAGUUGAGAAUACAACAUCAAAUAUACGACUCAAUUCUGUUGAUGCUGAACGUUUACGAAAUUCAAAAAUAAUAAUUUGGGAUGAAUGUACUAUGGCCCCCUCUGUAGCUCUUGCAGUGGUUAGCAGACUGCUCCAAGAAAUAAUGGACAACAACAAACCGUUUGGAGGAAAAGUAAUCUUACUUGGAGGAGAUUUCAGGCAAACACUUCCCGUAGUACCUCACGGUGACCGUACAAAAAUUGUUGAGGCCUGUGUUAAGAAUAAUAGUCUGUGGAGUAUUUUCCAAGUCCUUAAACUUAAAAAGAAUAUACGCUCAGUAGACACUGAAUUCAGCAAUUGGCUGAUCAAAGUGGGCAGUGGUGAUACACCACACAUUGACGGUUUGCCUGAAGAUGUAAUUGAAAUACCUUCCAAAAUUUUAUGCACAGGAGAUAUUAUAAAAAACUUUUUUGGAGACAAAAAUCCUGUUACAGAUGUCCCUAACUUAGCAAAAAAAUCUAUUCUUUGCCCAAAGAACUGUGAUGUAAACUCCAUAAAUGAAGAGGUACUUAACAUUUUAGAAGGAGAGACCGUGACAUACCUCAGUUCAAACUCAAUUGAUGACUCAAGUGAGGAAGAUAUUCAAAACUAUCCAAUUGAGUUCCUCAAUGAAAUAACUCCAACAGGUAUGCCUAAGCAUAAACUCAACCUUAAAAAGGCCGCUAUAAUUAUGCUCCUUAGAAACCUAAACACUAAAAAAGGAUUGUGCAACGGCACCCGUCUCAUCGUCAAACAACUUAAGAAAAACAUCAUAAUUGCUCAAGUAAUAACAGGUUCAGCGGAAGGAAACAUAGUCUUUAUUCCCCGUAUGGAUUUGGCUCCAACAACAACUGAUUUACCGUUUAUCUUACGAAGAAGACAAUUUCCAGUAACAUUAGCUUUUGCAAUGACAAUUAACAAAUCUCAGGGGCAAACCUUGGAAAAAGUUGGAAUUUACUUGCCGGAACCAGUAUUCAGCCAUGGUCAGUUAUAUGUUGCAUUAUCAAGAGUAAGGAGUUUUAAUGAUGUCAUGGUGAAAGUCAUAGAAGGUCCUAACCAAGGCAAACUGUUGGAAAACUGUGACAAAAUAUUCACAAGGAAUGUUGUCUAUAAAGAAAUUUUAUAGAAAUUCAACAUAACCUACCAAAAACACAAAAUCAAAAAUUAAAAAAACCCACUAAUUUUGCUUAUUUACAAUUGUUUGACAAGGUUUGCACUUAAGAAACAUUUACCAUACCUAAAUUGUUUUGGUUUAUAACAUCAAAAAAAGAAAAGAAAAAGAAAUUCUUCAAAUUAUUCUUCUUUAACAAUUCUAAAAAAAUAAAUACAAUAAAAUACAAAUCAACUGCAUGGUUGUCCACUUUUUUAUUAUGCACUAUAACCAGUCUGUUCUUACAAAUGUUUCACCACAUAUGUUCUAGCGCCCGUUUAUUUAACGGGCUUAAUGAU